UCCAACUAGGAUUGACUGAUAUUCUCAUUUCCAGCCCUUGGAUUGAGUUGGAAUUUUCAGCAAGUGUUCUACCCCUGAUUUACUGAACUCGACUUGAGUUUCAGGUUCAUCCAAGUCUUUGAUUGAAAGUCAUUACAGUUUUGCAUAUUCUGAUUUAAUUUUCCAGAUUUUCACUAUUUCUCUAAUUGGGUUGAAUCUGGCCGUUGAAUCAUUGUUGUCUUUUGAAAGCUUAUUAACCACUUUCAAAUUUGGAAGCAAAGGCUUAGAGCAUUGGGUGACCUACAGAAGCAAAGUGGAUUGGGUUGGAAUGCAUCUGAUAUGAGAUUUGAUGCUCCUCAACACUUCUGGAAUGACUAUAAGAAAAAAGAACAAAAGUAUUGGAAGGAACAUAGUGUGCUCCCAAUUCACCUUGAAGUUGGAGCUUUGCUAAGGAAAGAGAUAGCAACUGGGAAUGAUUCAACAGUCCCCUCUGAAGCUGCCACUGAAGUUAUGAUGGACGUGACAGGUACUCAAGUUGAGGGAAUAGGGAACAAUGAUGGUGUUGACUAUGAACCUAUUGAAGAAGAAGAAAGUGUUCCUUCCACUGCCAUUGGUAGUACUAGCCGUUCUCGAGGAAGACCUCGUGGGUCCGUCAAUAGUGGUAGAGAAAAGAGGAAGAAGGGUGCAGCUGAAAAGGUGGUAAGUCCAUUGAAAUCGAUUGCUAACUCAAUCGAAAAGAUGGUAAUGAGUGAAUCUCAGUCUGAAUUUGGGAGAGCAAUUAUAGAUGUUGUUGAUGCCAUUCCAGACCUCAAUUUUCAACAAAAGUUUAAGGCCAAGGAAUAUUUCAUGGCCAAGAAGAAUUCUACCAUUAUCUUCUUGGAAACAAGAGUAGAAGAUAGGCGAAAUCUACUUGAGAUGUACUUGCCAGAGAUUGAGAAGAAUUGAGGUGACAAUAGGAAGUGUGAAGAAUUCGAAGACAAUGGUUUUUUGAAUAUAAAUUUGAUGUGUUUGGUUGAUGUAACUUGAUAUUAUGUUAAGUCUGUGAUAGUAUUUUCUAUGCAUAUUUCCUCUCUUGAAAA